AGUAAGUGUGUGUGUGUGUGUUGAUAUAUCCUCCACUGUUCCCUUCACCAAAGAUUCAUUUUUUACCGUGCCCCUCUCUUUCUUUUUCUUUUUCAUUUUUGUUUUUUUUUUGAAAGCUGAUCCAACUCUGCUGAAAUCAAAAUUGCACACACACACACACACACACACACACACACACACACACUCACUCACUGCUCACUCGCACAAAAGCUCCCUCCAAUGGCGACUGAAGAAGUUGGAAGACCUCCCUCACUCCCCCAAUAUCCUCAGAUGAUUGUGGAGGCCAUUGCUGCCCUGAAGCAAAAAGAAGGGGCAAACAAGUCAGCCAUAUCCAAAUACAUAGAAUCCAAGUAUGGAGAAGUGCCACCUGGUCAUUCAAACUUGCUUUCCGCCCAUUUAACUCGUAUGAAGGAUUCCGGCGAACUUGUUUUCUUCAAGAACAACUACCUCUUACCUGAUCCCUCUGCACCACCACGCCGUGGCCGUGGCCGUCCCCCAAAACCCAAGGAUCCAUCUGCUGAGAAGGCAGCCGCCCCCGGGGACGCCCCGCCUACUUCUCCAAGAGGCCGUGGUCGCCCAAGGAAGGAUCCCAAUGCUGAACCUGCACCAAAGAAGCCUAAGCCAGCUGACAAGCCGGCUCCGGCAGUGUCGAAAACCGGCAGGCCCAGAGGUAGGCCAAGGAAAGUGAUCCCAGCUCCGGCUGUUGGUGCUGCAAAUGGUGUGUAAGAAGAAUGAAUGAAUUGUUGGUACUCUUUGGUGGUGUUAUCUAAUGAUGAUGAUUAACCCAUUGUAGCUGGGCAGUAGUACUAGUGCUUUAUUUUGAAGUUGCCUCUUUUCUAGUCUUAUGAUUUAUGAUGUUGACUUUGUGUUGUGGUGGGUUGAUUUAUCUAGUUUGGUGGUUAAUUUUAGGUCUUUCAGAUGGUUGUAAAUUUGGAGCUUGGUUCUAGUAUUGCUGCUUAAUUAAAGACCUGAUGUUUGUUGUCUCUUUUUAGUGAUGGUUUCUUUCCCCUCUUUGUUUGAGCAAUUAUUGGAUCUUCCAUUAACUAGUUCCAACAUGUAUAUCUACGCUGCCUCCGAAAGGGAAAACCGUCAAUGAUGCUUUAUGCUAGUAGGCUGAAAUUGAAGGUUCUAGGAAGUAUACUAAAUUUAUUUAGCUUGGACAAAACAUGGUGAUCAGCCAGGUGCUUGUACGGAAAGUUUUCAAAACACCAACAGUCAUAAUGUAGUUUUAUCCACGAAACUGUACGAUGUGGGGAACUGGGAAGCAUCAAAGGCUGACUUAAGAGAUUAGAUGGUAUAUUGUGGUAGUAUCAACAUAGGAAUCAGCCUGCUUCUGGGGUCCCAAGAUUGUUGGAGUUCUGCUUUCCAACUUGUUGGAUUGAAUAGUCAAUGGGAAAAGAGCCUGUUGAUUGAUGAGGACAACACCAUUUGUGUUUAUGUAAGAAUUCUCUUAUUUCUGGGAAUUGGUCCGAAC